AUGUCUCCCCAAACAGCUGCAGAAAACCCGGCCUUCAGCGGCCCAGCUUUUGCGAGGAUACCGCCCUGGGUCCGGCAGAAGCUCUCGCCGUUGGCCAUUGAGAAAAUCCAGGCGGUGCACGAAUGGGUUGAGAAUGAGUGCAUCCCGCGGGAGCAGAUCAUGAAGGCCCAGCUCGAAGGUAACCGGUGGAAGACGCAGGAGGUGAUGCACGAGCUGAGGCAGAAGGCCAAGGAGAGGGGGCUGUUCAACCUCUUCCUGCCCAACCACUUCAAGGAGAGCCCUGGCCUGACGAACCUGGAGUAUUCGUGCUGCGCCGAGAUCAUGGGGAGGUGCUACUGGGCCGCUCAGACCAUGAACUGCCACGCGCCAGAGACGGGCAACAUCGAGCUUCUGGCCAAGUACUGCACGCCCGAGCAGAAGAAGAAGUGGAUGCAGCCGCUGCUGGACGGGACGAUGAUGUCGGCGUACUCGAUGACGGAGCCGGACGUGGCGAGCUCUGACGCGACGCAGAUCGGGAUCCGCAUCACGCGCGAGGGCAACGAGUACGUGAUCAACGGGCGCAAGCUGUACGGCAACUCCCUGUGGAACAAGGAGCUGUCCUUCUACAUCCUGAUGGGGUGCAGCGACCCGGGCAACCCGGACCGGUGGAGCCGGCACUCGACGCUCAUCGUGCCGUGCGACACCCCCGGCAUCACGCAGGUGCGCAACCUGACCAUCAUGGGCUACGACCACGCCCCGGAGGGCCACGGCGAGUACCUGUACGAGAACGUGCGCGUGCCCGUCGAGAACAUCAUCCUCGGCGAGGGCCGCGCCUUCGAGAUCGCGCAGGGCCGCCUCGGCCCGGGCCGCAUCCACCACUGCAUGCGGCUGAUCGGGCAGUGCGAGCGGGCCUACGAGCUGGCGCUGCUGCGGUGCACCGACGAGCGCAAGCGGCCGCGCGGCAAGCUGAUCGGCGAGUUCGACAGCAACAUCGAGCGCGUGGCGCAGAUGCGGCUCGAGCUGGACGCCGCGCGCCUCGUCGUGCUCAACGCCGCCGACACCAUGGACCUGCUCGGCAACAAGGCCGGCAAGCGCGCCAUCGCCCAGAGCAAGAUCCUCGUGCCCGAGCUGGCCGCCCGCGUUAUCGACGAGUGCAUGCAGAUCUACGGCGGCCAGGGCCUGACGCAGCACACGCCGCUGCCCGAGAUGUGGACAUAUGCCCGCUUCGUGAGGGUCGCCGACGGGCCCGACGCAGCGCAUAGGCACCAGGUUGGGAGGGAGGAGAUGAAGACGGCCGCGGAGUUCAGGAAGAGGCACCAGGUUUACCAGGAGAGAUACAAGAAAUUUGCUGAGCAGUACGGCGAGAAGUAUAUCACGUUUGCCUAG